AUGUUCACUUUCAUUUUCCUCUUCUUGCUGCUGAACAUUCCACUUCUUGUAGCCAGAUUUAUUCAUCCUAGUUGCUUUUGGAGACUGAAGCAGAAUGAAGACAUGAAUGAAGACUUGGAGAAAGGUUGUCUCUUCCUCCUUAGUGCAGUACAGCUAUCUGUGGAAAAAGAUUAUUUCAACCACUUUCUGAAUAUAAAAAUGCCAACAAAAAUCUAUCCCUAUGCAAUGGCUUUGGCUUUUUCUCUGAAUGAAGUCAACAGAAAAUCUGAUCUCUUACCAAACAUUUCUCUAGUAUUUGACUUUCAAGAAGAUGGUUGUAUGAGUCUGCCAGAACUAGAAUCUUUUAUUUAUCUUUCCCAAGACAAUGGUGCAUUUCCACUUAAUUAUAUCUGUGGAGAAGAGAAUAGUUGGACAGUGGUGUUAACAGGUCCAAGGUGGAAAACAUCUGUGAACUUUCGGAAGGUCGUGAUCCUCCAUGGAUUGCAGAAGGUCCUUCAGCUUACCUAUGGACCUUUCCAUCCUAUUCUGAGUGAUCAUGAACAAUUUUCCUGUCUGUAUCAAAUGGCCCUCAAGGACACAUCUUUAGUCAUGGCUAUGGUCUCCUUCAUAAUUUACUUCCACUGGAACUGGGUUGGGCUGGCAAUCUCAGACAAUGAUCAGGGGAUCCAGUUUCUAUCACAUUUGAGAACAGAGAUGGAAAAAAAUGCAGUCUGCUUCUCAUUUGUCAAUAUGAUUCCAGUCGACAUUCCUUUAUAUAUGUCAAAAGCUGGAGUGUAUUACAACCAGGUAUUGACAUCAUCCACAAAUGUUAUUAUUAUUUAUGGUGACUCAGACACUACUCUAGCUUUGAGCUUUAGAACAUGGGAAUCUCUAGGUAUACAGAGACUAUGGGUCACCACUUCACAGUGGGAUGUCACUACAAGUAAAAGAGACUUCAACCUUGACUCAUUCCCCAGUACUUUUGUCUUUACACACAAACAUGCUGAGAUUACUGGUAUAAAAAAUUUUGUCCAGUCAUUGAACCCUCUCAAAUACUCACACACAUAUCUGGCAAGGUUGGAGUGGAUGGCCUUCAGCUGUGAUGUCUCAGCAUCUAACUGUAAAAACCUGAAGAACUGUUCAUACAAUGCUUCGUUGGAAUGGCUAAUGGAACAGACUUUUGAAAUGGCCUUUAGUGAUGGCAGCUAUGAUAUAUAUAAUGCUGUAUAUGCUGUGGCUCAUGCCUUUCAUGAGAUGAUUUUUCAAAGAAUAGAUAAUUCACCAAAAGACAACAAUAUAAGGUCUAAAUCUCCCUGCUUGGAGCUGCACUCCUUUCUGAAGAAGACCAACUUCAUUAAUCCUGUUGGAGACAGAGUGUAUAUGAAUGAGAAAGAAAAACUGCAGGCAGAAUAUGACAUUUUUCAAGUUUGGAAUUUCCCACACAUUCUUGAACUUAAGGUGAAGAUAGGAAAAUUUAGUCCAUACUUUCCAAAGAGUCAACAGCUUGUUGUAUCUGAAGAUAUUAUAGAAUGGGCUACAGGAGGUAAACAGAUGCCACCCUCCAUUUGCAGUCCUGAUUGUGGUCCUGGGCUUAGAAAAUUCUGGAAGGAGGGUAUGGCAGCUUGCUGUUUUGACUGUGUCCCCUGCCUAGAAAAUGAAAUAUCUAAUGAGACAAAUGUGGAUCAUUGUUUGAAAUGUGAAGAGGACCAAUAUGCCAACACAGAGCACAACCACUGCAUUCACAGAGCAGUGGUCUUUCUAAGCUAUGAAGAGCCCUUAGGAAUGACUCUAGCUUUAAUGGCCUUGUGUUUCUCUGUAUUCACAGCUGUGGCCCUAGGGAUCUUUGUGAAGCACCAUAACACUCCCAUUGUGAAGGCCAACAAUCGUAGCCUGAGCUACAUCUUACUCAGCUCACUCAUCUUUUCUUUCCUGUGCUCUUUUCUUUUUAUUGGCCAUCCAAACUCAGUCACCUGCCUCCUACAGCAAAUCACAUUUGGACUUGUAUUUACAGUUGCUGUUUCCACAGUGUUGGCCAAAACAGUUACUGUGGUUCUGGCUUUCAAUGUCAUAGUCCCUGAAAGAAGGAUGAGGCACUGCUUGGUGUCAGGGUUACCCAACUACAUCAUUCUUACAUGUAUUCUCAUACAAAUUAUUCUUUGUGCAAUCUGGCUGGGAAUUUCUCCUCCCUUUAUUGAAAGGGAUGCAUUCUCUGAGCAUGGCAAAAUAAUUAUUUUUUGCAACAAGGGCUCAAUUAUUUCAUUUUACUCUGUCCUGGGAUACCAAGCCUCUCUUGCCUUAGGGACCUUCAUUAUGGCUUAUUUGGCCCGGAACCUUCCUGACACAUUCAAUGAAGCUAAGUUCUUGACAUUUAGCAUGCUGUUGUUCUGUAGUGUCUGGGUUACUUUUCUCCCUGUCUACUACAGUACCAAGGGAAAGUUCAUGGUGGCUGUGGAGGUGUUUUCCAUCUUGGCCUCCAGUGCAGGUCUGCUGGGAUGCAUCUUCAUCCCCAAGUGCUACAUCAUUUUGUUAAGACCAGAGAGAAAUUCUCUUCAAAAGUUAAGAUGGAAAGGCUCAUCCUAA